AUUUAAUGAGAGCUAUCGUUCUUCUAUUUCUGCUAUUCAUUGCCAAUGCUUAAGAUUAACUUUAACAAGAAGAAGCCAUUCAGAUUGUAAAGGAUCUCAAAGAUGCAACCACGAAAAGGUUAGACCUAUUAGAAAUGACAUGGAAAAAGUAUUCAACUAAAAAAAAUGAUUAAAUUUGUGGUUUCACUGAAAUGGUUGCUGAACAAGAAGCCUAAUGCCAAUCCAGAAACAGUCAGAAUGAAUUUAUUUCUGAAUCCAUCAAUUAAUCAACUUAAACUAUUGAGACCAAUAAAUAAAAGAUUGAUAAAAAUAUUCAAAGGCGUAAAAGUCUCUAGGAUUUGAAGUAACUUUUAUAAAUCAUCAUAGAUGCAAAUCAAAUGUUAACAAUAUCAAGUUGCUUAAAGAUUAAAAGGAAGCUAAAACACUAUCCAUCCAAUUACAAAAGUCGUUUGCAGUAUUCUAUUAUUAUUAAAUAGUAAAGUAGUGGUGGAAGUCUCCUGGAAAUGCUGCAAAGUAAUAGCUUGUAUGAAUAAUUGAAUCUAGAAGUUACUGAACAAGAAGCUUCAGUUAUAAAAUUAAUCUGUAACUUUUAUUAAUUACUCACAUAGAGGAGGCAUACUAAGAUGAAAAAGAUGCAAAUGCUGUAGAGUCAACUGAAUUCAGUUAAAUUUAAUCACAUUCAUAAUAAUUGCCUUAUUCAUCCUAAAAAUCAAUGGAAAAAAAUAGAUAUUUGAUUAUCACGACAUCACAAGAAAUUUCAGAAAAAAUUGACAAAGAUUAAUAGAGUAUCACUUUAAAUUCUAUCAAUUCCGUUAAUAAAAUUGAUUAAUUAUGUACUCAAUUGCUAAAGGAAAAUGAAAUAUUAAAGAAACUAAUUGAUAUAGAAGGGGAUAGAAAGGUAAAUCAAUUGUUAUACCUAGAUUGAUUUGGAUGAUCAAUUAACCAUUCUCAAUGGAGAAAAUUAAGAAUGUGACAAUAGUAAAAGAAAGAUGGAAAUAAUUGCGUUAUUGUUGCAAUAAGAUUAUGAUCGAGAAUAGAUUCUCUACAUGAAGGAAAAGGAGGCCAUACUAAAAGAGUUGGAUAUAUACACAGACCUAUUACGAUAUUAUUUAAGAUAAAUUUAUAAAACGGACAAUUGA